UCUAGCGUGACGCGACAUCCCGACUAUUACUUCUACGACGGUUCUCUGGCGGUCUUGAUUGAAAACACACUCUUUCGCAUCUUUGCUUCAACACUCACGAGACAUUCACGAUAUUUCCACGAUUUGCCAGAAUUGCAGUUUCCUAUUGGAAAGGGCACGCGGGGUGUGGGCCAGUCAGAUGACAACCCACUUGUCCUCGAUGCUUCAUGCAUUGAUUUUGAACGACUGUUAUGGAUUUUGUACCCUCCCCGAUUUGGUGGCUACCAUCCAACCACUGCAGCCGAAUGGACGUCCAUUCUGCACCUCUCGACGCUGUGGUCCUUUGCGGACAUUCGUGCGCUCGCGAUCGAGUCGCUGCAGACGCUCCCGAUGCACCCCGUCGACAAGGUCGUGCUUUCGCACAAGUACGGCAUUCGCGCCCGGUGGACGCUCGACGCGUACGUGGAGCUUUGCGAGCGCGCGGAUGCGCUCAGCGUCGAAGAAGCGCGGCGACUGGGGCUCGAGACCGCGAUGCGCGUCGUGCAGGUGAGGGAGAGGAUAUAUCGG